AAAAAUUCUCUCUAUUGACAAGAACUAUUGAUUCUUUACAUUCAUUUACUCAAUAAUACAAACAAGAUCAAAGAGAGGCUAUCAAGCUCUUCAAAAUUUAAUAAUCUUUCUUCUUUAGAGAGUUCCAGUGACUACAGUUCUGGAGUCUAGGUAUCUAGCAAAGAAUCGGCCUUGUCAAUAUUACACCCCAAGCAAGUCAACAUCGCUUUCUUCAACAACCGCAAAUUCCACCUGCGACCAACAAACCCCCCCAGUUGAAUUCCUUCAACCGCCUUUUCGCACAUCACACAACCAGCCAUAUUGUAGAGAGAUAGAAAUAACUCUUCUGCAAUAAUACGAACAUCUACAAAUACCCUUUUAAACUCGGGAAUAUCGCAAAGAUGGACGUUGGUUCUGUCUUGCUCAAUUCCUUGGCAGCAGACAAUGCUACUCGUAUUGCUGCCGAACAACAGCUUACCCAAGCUGCCGAAGCCAACUUUUCAGGAUAUCUUGUCACACUCGUAGAGCAGUUGGCAAAUGAAGAAUCACAGGGUUCCAUUCGAGCUGCUGCUGGUAUCGCCCUUAAGAACGCCUUCACAGCCCGCGAAUAUGCUCUGCAACGAGAAUUACAAGAGAAAUGGCUACAGGUCGACCCAGAUACCAGGAAGCGUGUGAAGGACUUGACCCUUCAGGCCUUAUCCUCAAACAACAACCAAGCUGGUCAAACAGCUGCGCAAGUCAUAUCCUCAAUAGCAACCAUUGAACUGCCCAGAGAUCAAUGGCCAGAGCUUAUGCCCGCUUUAGUGCGAAAUGUGGGAGAGGGUACCGAUCAUCUUAAGCAGGCUUCCUUGACUACUCUCGGAUUCAUUUGCGAAACUCAAGAUGCAGAAUUGAGACAGAGUCUCGUACAACAUUCCAAUGCUAUCUUAACAGCAGUCGUCCAAGGUGCCCGAAAGGAAGAAGCAAAUUUGGAAGUACGACUAGCAGCUAUCGACGCUCUUGGCAAUUCAUUGGAGUUUGUGGAUAGCAACUUCAAGAAUGAAGGCGAGCGAAAUUACAUUAUGCAGGUUAUCUGCGAGGCCACACAAGCAACCGACUCUAGGAUACAACAGGGAGCUUUUGGAUGUCUGAACAGAAUCAUGUCUUUGUACUAUGACUUGAUGCGCUUCUACAUGGAGAAGGCUCUCUUCGGACUUACAAUCAUGGGAAUGAAGAGUGAAGAGGAAGACGUGGCCAAGCUUGCUGUUGAAUUCUGGAGCACAGUUUGCGAGGAGGAAAUCGCCAUUGAAGACGACAAUGCUCAGGUCGAAGAGGUUUCUUUGAUGCGCCCAUUCUACAAUUUUAGCAAGGUUGCAACUAAUGAGGUUGUACCUGUUCUCUUGAUGCUUUUGACAAAGCAAGACGAGGAUGCUGCUGAUGAUGAAUACAACAUCUCCCGUGCCGCAUACCAAUGUUUACAACUUUAUGCACAAGCUGUUGGUGGUUUGAUCAUUCAACCGGUUUUGAGCUUCGUUGAACAAAAGCUUCGUGGAGAGGACUGGCAUGAUCGUGAUGCUGCUGUCUCCGCCUUUGGUGCCAUUAUGGAAGGUCCGGAUGAGCAGACACUCGAGCCAAUCGUCAAGCAAGCACUGCCAGUCAUCAUCAGCAUGAUGGAUGAUAAGUCUAUUCACGUCAAAGACUCAGCAGCUUAUGCUCUUGGUCGUAUCACUGAAGCUUGCACAGAGGCCAUCGAUCCAACCAACCAUUUACCAAAAUUGAUUGCAUCCUUGUUCGAAGGUCUUGUCAGCAGUCCCAAGAUGGCAGGUUCGUGCUGUUGGGCAUUGAUGAACCUUGCUGAGCGCUUCUCCGGGGACAUUGGAUGCCAGGAAAACCCUAUCUCUCCUCACUUCAACGAGAGCAUCUCCAGACUUCUUCAAGUUACCGAGAGAACCGACGCUGACAACGCUUUGAGAACUGCUGCAUAUGAAGUUCUUAACACCUUCGUCAUGAAUGCUGCAAAUGACAGUCUUCCAUCCGUGGGUCAACUCUCCGAGGUUAUCAUCAAGAGAUUGGAAAACACCCUUCCUCUUCAAUCUCAAGUGGUCAGUGUUGAAGACAGAAUCACUCUCGAGGAGAUGCAAGUCAGCUUGUGCACUGUCUUGUUGGCUAUCAUUCAACGUCUCGAGAAGGAGGUCACUCCUCAAGCUGACAGAAUCAUGACUGUCUUGCUUCAAAUCCUUACCGCAGCCACACCUAAAUCCAUUGUGCCUGAUGCAGUUUUCGCCACUGUCAGCAGUUUGGCCAAUGCACUCGAAGAAGGCUUCGCCAAUUACAUGGAACAUUUUGCUCCCUUCCUUUACAAUGCUCUCGGUAAUCAGGAAGAGCCAAGUUUGUGCUCCAUGGCUAUUGGUCUCGUCAGUGAUAUUACUCGCUCAAUGGGCCCACCAUGCCAACCAUAUUGUGACGCAUUUAUGAACUAUUUAUUGAGCAAUUUAAGGAGUACAGCACUCGCCAACCAAUUCAAGCCUGCCAUCCUUCAAUGCUUUGGAGAUAUCGCAGGUGCCAUUGGUGGUCACUUUGAGACAUACUUGUCUGUUGUUGCACAAGUUCUUCAACAAGCUGCCAAUGUUCAAGCUAGCCCUGACGGAACAUAUGAGAUGUUCGAUUAUGUCAUUUCAUUGAGAGAAGGUAUCAUGGAUGCUUGGGGUGGCAUUAUUGGUGCUAUGAAGAUGGAUAACAAGAAUGACCAGCUACGCCCUUACGUUGAAUCAAUUUUCGGCCUUCUCAAUACCAUCUGGGUCGAUCAACACCGAAGUGAUGCUCUAAUGAGAUCAGCUAUGGGUGUCAUUGGUGAUCUUGCCGAUGCUUUCCCAAAUGGAGAAUAUGCCUCGUAUUACCGUGCUGACUGGGUCAUGUCAAUGAUCAAGGAGACCAAAUCAAACAGAGAGUUCCAAACCAGAACCAUCGAUACCGCACGUUGGGCUCGUGAGCAAGUUAAGCGCCAAACAGGUGGUAGCUCAGGGACCAUUCAAACUUGACCGAAUCUCUGAACGGUCAAGCGCGUCCCUUUACAACUUUUAAUGUCCGUUCCUAGGGCCGGCGCAUGAAUUUUUGAUAGAGCUCAACGAAUGUGUUCCUCAUUCUUUUUUCUUUCUGAUUUCUCCUUUUUUUUUGCAACGUGUGGUCAUUACAGAGGGGUAUUGUCCUCGGCCUACGUCGAUCUGUUUGUUCCAUCAUAUUUUUUACAUCGCUUCGAAUCCACAGAACCUGUCUGUCCAUUCGUUCGUCUAUCAAUCGUCGAAUGUUUCCUCUGCCAUAUUCAAAUUUACCUCUAGCGACAACGGAAACCUAUGUAACUCGAUAUGAUAAAAGAGGAACCUUUGAUUUGCACACCCCAUUUGUUCAGCACCAACAUCACCACCACAGCACUAUCAGCACAUUACUCUGUACAAAUAGAUUCACUUAUUCCUAACAGAAUAACUUUGUCCCCUUAUCUCGCGCCAAUACCCUCUACAUCAUCACGUUUCUGUCGCGCCUUUUCUGCUGGUUUUGAGCGAAGAAUGCAUGCCGGGUUUUUGAUUUAUUUCUAAGGUUUCUGAUGGAUGACGACAUUGACGAUGGAAUGGAUGAUAAGAAGAAAUAUGAUGUGCAUGGGAUGGAUCAAUUGCUUUCGCCGAAAAAUCUUGUAUUGUGGGGGUAGG